GGGAGGAGCUCCGUCGCGGUGUGAUGACGUCGCCCAUGGCCGGGCCGGGCGUGCUACUCGUGCGCCGCUGUGAUUUGGCGCCCUGGUCCUAGCUGUCGAAUUGAGGCAUAUCCCUACUGUGGGUUGGGAUGUUACGUGAUGCUGGAGACGUGGGUGAGGACGAGGAGCAUGCGGAGGAGGAUUGUCCUGAAUUGGUUCCCAUUGAGACGAAGCAAAGAGAGGUGGAAGAAAAGUCUGUGCUCGGCGCCAAGAUCCCAGUCUCAAUCAUCACCGGGUAUUUAGGUGCUGGGAAGACAACACUUCUGAACUAUAUUUUGACAGAACAACAUAGCAAAAGAAUAGCCGUCAUUUUAAAUGAAUUUGGGGAAGGAAGUGCGGUGGAGAAAUCCUUAGCUGUCAGCCAAGGUGGAGAGCUCUACGAAGAGUGGCUGGAACUUGGAAACGGUUGCCUCUGCUGUUCAGUGAAGGAUAAUGGCCUUAGAGCUAUUGAGAAUUUGAUGCAGAAGAAGGGGAAAUUUGAUUAUAUACUGUUAGAGACCACUGGAUUGGCAGAUCCUGGUGCUGUGGCCUCUAUCUUUUGGGUUGAUGCUGAAUUAGGGAGUGAUAUUUAUCUUGAUGGUAUCAUAACUGUUGUAGAUUCAAAAUAUGGAUUAAAACAUUUAAUGGAAGAAAAACCUGAUGGUCUUAUCAAUGAAGCUUCUAGGCAGAUUGCUUUGGCAGAUAUCAUUCUCAUCAAUAAAACAGACUUGGUUCUAGAAGAGGAUUUAAACAAAUUAAGAACAACCAUUAGAUCAAUAAAUGGACUAGGAAAAAUUUUGGAAACACAGAGAUCAAGAGUUGAUCUGUCUGAUGUAUUGGAUCUUCAUGCGUUUGACAGCCUCUCUGGGAUAAGUUUGCAGAAAAAACUUCAACUUGUGCCAGCAAUACAACCUCACCUUGACCAGAGUAUUGUUACAAUCACGUUUGAAGUACCAGGAAAUGUGAAGGAAGAAAGUCUAAAUGUAUUUAUUCAGAAUCUCCUGUGGGAAAAGAAUGUGAGAAACAAGGACGAUCACUGCAUGGAGGUCAUACGGCUGAAGGGGCUGGUGUCAAUCAGAGACAAACCACAGCAAGUGAUUGUCCAGGGUGUCCAUGAGCUCUAUGAUCUGGAGGAAGCUCCAGUGAGCUGGAAAGAUGACACCGAGAGAACAAAUCGAUUGGUCUUUAUUGGCAGAAAUUUAGAUAAGGAUAUCCUUAAACAGCUAUUUAUAGCUACUGUGACAGAAACAGAAAAGAGGCGCACAAAACAUUUGAAAGAAGAUCAAGUUUAUUCAUAACACUAGAAGCAUCUCUUAUCAAAAGGAUGGAUAAUAAAAAUGAGAAUAAGUUUCUAAUG